AUGGUAGUAGAAGAAUUAAAGCGAGUAUCGUCAGAGCGUGAUGACUUUAAGACCAAGCUGGAAUCCGCCGAGAAGUCAGCGAAGGAGGCAUGGGAUGAAGUUUCCAAGUUAAAAGACGGAAAGAAUGCGACCGGAGACUCGCAGACGAAGGAUAAUGAACAGCGACAAGGAAAGGCUGCGCUGAAUCCCCCACCUAUUACUUUACCCAAGGACGAGACUUCAGAAAAUACUCAAAAGUCACCAACGCCUUCAAUGACAUCCAUAGCAACUUCUAUACCUGGCCUUUCCAUAUUUUCUCCAAAGACAAAACCAAUUACCUCGCCGCCACCAGCCGAGGAGGCUGAAGAAUUCUUUUCUUUUGACAACGAGAUCCCACGGCUAGAGUCAGAACUUAAGGCACGGGAUAAUGAGAUCACUGGUCUAAAGUCUCAAAUAGAGACUCUGAUGAAUGAUCUCGCAGUGGCUCGUGAAUCAACCGAGGGUAUGGUUCACAGCUUGGAGUCUGCUACACGCGAGCUGAGUGGACUGCGCGAGAACAAGGAACGUCAAGAAGCUCAGUUUGCCAGCCAGGAAUCAUCCCUCAAGGAUCAAGUUAAAUCUCUCAAGUCAAAACUGGAGACAGCUUCCUCGGAACUUGACAAGUCUAGCGCUGAAAUGGAUGGCCUAAGGUCCCAGAUAAAAGAGAAAGAAGGAGAAAUCAACCAGAUAAAAGCGGACAGGCGCACUCAAGAGCAGAAUAAAGCGGAUGAAAAUGGCAAGCGAUUGGAAAUACUACAAGGGGUUGUAACGAAUUUGAAGAUGCAACUAAAAGAUGCCGAAGAUACCGUGUCAUCAUUAAAAGCGGAGCUAUCUGCUAAGGAGGAGGAAACAAGGUCGCUCAGUGCUGUUGUUGACUUUAUAGACAGCGGCCUCGAGGACAAUACCACAUGGAAAUCUGUCAGGUGUCGAAUUUCCCAAGGGGAACCUGCUAAUUUCACAGAGGUGAAAGAGAGCAUCGUAGCUAUGGAUUCUACGAAACCCACAAUUGACGCCAGCGCCCCGCCUGCUACUACUGCAACGGCAGGAUCAAAGAAGAAGAAUAAGAAGAAGAAAAAAGUGACCAGGCAGGAGCCGGAGGAAGCUGCAGAAGCAUCAAACAGCAACACUCUACCACCAAGCUCUGAUGUGAUUGGAGACCUGGAACUCAAAGUUCAAAAGCUCGAGGUAGAUAUUGCGGAGAAGGAUGCUGCAAUUGAUCGCCUCUACUCAAAGCUUAGAGGAGAGGAGAACCUGCGAGAGGAGAUCGAAACUCUGCAGGAUGAAGUAGUAAGCCUUGGGCAGGACCAUGUUGAGGCUAAGGAUAAGGUUAAGGAACUGCUCGCCGAUAAAUCUGCCCUUGAGCAGCGCGUUACCGAUUCUGAGAAAGAAUUAACCGCCCUCCGCUUAAGCUCUACGCAGUCUUCCGAAGCUGAGAAAGCUCAUAAGGACUUAUCGGUGGAAUUCGAGGACCUGAAAUCGAAAGCACUGACCCUGGAGACGGACCUGAACGCUGCCCAACAGCUCGCGGCAACUAGGUUUAAGGAUCUUACCGAUCUCAGAGAGUCCUUGCAAAAGAUACAACCUGAACUACGCUCUCUACGAGCAGAGUCGGCAGAGCUCAAGACAGUGAAAGAGGAACUAAAAGUAAAGACGUCACAGGUAUCAGAUCUGGAGCAGAAGCAUGAGGAUCUACGAUUGGAAUGGAAGAAACUGCAAUCCUCGAUUGAAGAGAAGGAUUCAGAAGUGAAAACACUUCGUCAGAAGAUCAGCCAGGAGACUAACGGUAGACUAAAGGCAGAGCAAGCUCUAGAGGUAGGGCAAGCCGAUCUGCGCUAUUCCGAGGGGAAAAAGCAAGAAGCAAUUGAGGCAAACGAGAAAACUCUACGAGAACUUUCAAAAACCGAGGAUGAGCUUCAAGCAUCGCAAUCAAAGCUCCGUGAGGUUGAAGGGCAGGUAUCUCAGCUCACCAGGGACAUUGAACGGUUACGGGACGACAUCAAGCUCAAGACUGCCCAGUAUUCCAGUGCUCAGAGCUUGAUGAGCAGCAUGCGGGAUCAGGCAUCAGAAAUGGCGAUGCAGGUAAAAGAGACAACCGAAAGAUGCGAGAGCCUAGAAGAAGAGGUUGCCGAUGCGCAUCGCCUUUUAUCCGAACGCUCACGUGAAGGGGAAACGAUGAGACGGCUGUUAUCUGACAUCGAGAUCAAAGCAGACAUCAAAGUUCGAGAGUACAAAGAGAGACUUGAAGGAGUAAUCGAAGAACGGGACCGAGCGGAGGAUGAAGCGAACUCGGCCAACCGAAGAAGAGCUAGAGAAAUAGAGGAGCUAAAGACAAAAGCACGGGAUGCCGAGAAAGCGCUGAGAAGAGUCGAGGAAGACAAAGACGAGGUAGAGCAUGCACAAAGGGAAUGGAAACGACGGCGAGGUGAGUUGGAAUCCCAGCUUGAGCGCUCGAGCCAGGAGCUUGUCGAGGUUAAGGAAGCCAUGUCACAUCUACGAGAUGCGCUUGAUGAGAGCGAGCGACAAGUCAAGGACCUAGAAAAGGAAAAGACAGCCCUUCGGCGAUCCAUCGAGGAAACCAACCAGCGCCUCGAGAAACUCAAGCGAACAAACAAAUCUUUGGCUAGCGACCUAAAGGCUUCACAGUUGCCAAACAAGCGCGGACUUGACUCGGGUAACAGGUCGCCACGCUCCUCUCUUGAAUCUGCCAGGCAGCGUGGCGUUACCUCUCCGCCUCCAGGAACCAACAGUAGUAGAAACGGUUCAAUCUCACGCAACCAGACGCCGAGCCUCAUUGGUGCCAAUUCGAUUGACUACGUUUAUCUCAAGAACGUCCUACUACAGUUCUUAGAGCAGAAAGACAGGAAUCACCAGAAGCAACUGAUCCCCGUUCUAGGGAUGUUGCUCCAUUUUGACCCCUAUACGGUCAACACGAUAUCUACCGAACCUCGGGUUCGCCCGUCAAAGGGCGUGAAUACAGCAACUACCAUGUCCGGCCAACCGACCACAAGACUGGCAACAGAGGAUGAUGUCCCUAUGAUCCUCCAGUUCAUCAACGAGCUGGCUGAGUACGAAAAGGCGCAGCACGAGGUCCAGGCUACUCUCUCUUCUCUGAAGGAGACCCUUUCGUUCGCAGACUCGCCCAAGCGAGGCUCUGUAUAUACGUUCCUCAUCACCCCGCCAGCAACAGCAGCGGGCGGCAGUCCCAAGCCCGUAGGGAUGGCCCUCUUUUUCUACAACUACUCGACCUGGAGGUCAGCACCAGGCGUCUACCUGGAGGACCUAUACGUCCAGCCGGCCUAUCGAGGCAAGGGAUACGGCUUCAAGUUACUGCGAACGCUGGCAGAAGAGGUCAUUCGGAUCGGAGGGAAAAGACUUGAGUGGUCCGUUUUAAAGUGGAAUGAGCCCAGCAUCAAGUUCUACAAGUCCAUUGGAGCAGCACCGAAGGAGGAGUGGCUGGGGAUGUGUGUCUCGGGGGAUGCAUUGAGCAAACUGGCUGGUCAAGGUCAAUAG